CUCGGCCCCGCCCCGCCCGGCCCCGCCCCGCCAGUCGGUGCGUGGCCGCCGCGCCGGACGGACGCGCUUGAGCGGGUCUCCGCGCUCACCGCCAUGGCCGACCCCACUACUCAGUCCCCCUUCGUUUCUUCAUCCUCCUCCUCCUCCUCCGGUCAGUCACAGCCCCAGCUCGGAGGCUGCGGGGCCGCUGGCUCCGCCUUCUGCGCCGAUCCCCCCGCUUCUUCCUCCUCCUCCCAGCCUGUCUCUCUCUUUGCGGCUUCACCAGCGGGCGCCGAAGCGGCACCAGGGGGACAAGGAGGUCGAGGAGCCUUCCUCCCCGCCCCCCACCCCGCUGUCUCCUCCUCUUCCUCGGGGGCACCCCCCUCGAAAGAACCGGAUUCCCCUGAAUCGCCCUUCGAGGUCGUGCCGGAUCGUGCCGCCUUCGACCGGGAAUACGGCACCGCCGCCGCGCUGCUGGGGGAGCGCGAGGUGCUGAGCCAAAUCCCUGAGGAUCGCGUCUGCGACUUCCCGGCGAAACCUCGCGCCGGUAGCCUCACCGGCGUCACCGCUAAGGUCCCCACCGGAUUGUGCCGGCAAACAUCCGGCACCGCCGCGGCGUUGGAAGAGGUGUCCAAGUGCGUCCGGGAGAUGCACAGUUUUACCAACGAGUUGCUCAGCUGGGAUUUGGUGGAGCGUAACGGCGGGUAACGGCAUCACCGGUGGUAACGGUGACACCGGUAGCAGCGGUGACGCUGGCGGUAGCGGUAACACCGGCGUUGAAGCCGACAGCUCGGGCGAUUCCGACGACACUGUCAUCGAGGAAGCGCCGGUCGAGGAUCCC